AUGGCAGGUGGGGCCCAGGUCAACCCCAAAGGGUCCAGGAAGAAGGUGCUGGCUAGAUACCCUUCUGGGUGGGGGUCCCUGUGCCUCCGGGUCUUUUCUACUCAGAGAACCUCCAGGUCUAGCCUGUGUCUGAAGAAGAUCUUCACCAUCACCCUCCUGGCUGGCAGCUUCCUGACCACCGCCCACGGCAGCCUGCUCAACCUCAAGACCAUGGUGGAGGCCAUCACCGGGAGAAACGCCAUCCUGUCCUUCGUGGGCUACGGCUGCUACUGCGGGCUCGGGGGGCGUGGCCUGCCCAUGGACGAGGUGGACUGGUGCUGCCAUGCCCACGACUGCUGCUACCAGAAACUCUUCGACAAGGGCUGCCACCCCUACAUGGACCACUACGAGUACACUAUCGAGAACGAUACGUCGAUUGUCUGCAGCGAGCUCAACCAGACAGACUGUGACAAGCAGAUGUGCGAGUGUGACAGGAGCGUGGUCCUGUGCCUCAAGAACCAGCUGUACAAGGAGGAGCACCGCAGCUACCUCAACAUCUACUGCCAGGGCCCCACGCCCAACUGCAGCAUCCACGAUCUGCCCCCGGAGGAGGCUUCCUGAAGCCACGUCUCCCCGGCCACCCCGGAACUUCCCUAGCACCCUCCAGGGUCUGAGAGAGAAGUGGGGGGAGGUUCAGGGUCCAAGGACCAGCCCGAGGAAGCAGGCGUGGAGGUGGGCAGGUUGGGGGCCGAGGCUGCUCUGCUGCCUCCUCCUUG